AAUAAUUGGUGGCAAUCAUAUUUAACAUAGUUAAUUGUAACAUUUCAUUAAUAUACUGUAAAUUGAAUCGUGAUCGUUUAUCAUAUGUUGACUGAUAAGGUGUUUAUAAUGGAUCGCAAAAUCAACAAAACUUGCUGUGUUUGCGGUGACAGAGCUAUCGGUACAAACUUUGGUGCGGUCACCUGUGAGUCAUGUAAGGCAUUCUUCAGGCGAACUGCCGUCAAAAAUAAGGAGUUCAAGUGUCCGUUUGAUAACAAUUGCAAAAUAAAUUCCGUGACCCGAAAGUUCUGCCAGAAAUGUCGGCUCAAGAAAUGCUACUCUCAGGGCAUGAAAAAGGAAUCCAUACUAAACGAAAAGGAGAAACAAUUAAUUCGGCUAAAAAUCGAGGAAAACCGCCGAAAACGCAAACUCAGCGAACAGACCGUGAAGUCGGCGAUGGAGGCCCGAAACGGCCACAACUCGUCGCCUGAUUCGGGCAUAUUCUCGACCUCAGACAGCGGCGGCCAAUCGCCGCCCACCACAGCCCUAAUGGUCACCGGCACUGAUCGGUUCCGGCGAAGCGAUUCCUACGGCUUCUCCUACGACAGCGGUGGCGAUGAUAACGACAUCAAACCAGUUGUCGUUAAACGCGAGUACAGUAUGACUGCCAUCGAUGAUGAUGUAUACCAGACGGCAGUCGAGAUGGAGUUCGCUGUACUGCCCAUCGCCCGUCCCGUAACCGACUAUCGUAACAAUUUCAGCGAACUCGAGGGUUUCAAACUGACUGAACUCAUGAACGCCAUUAAUUUCAUGAGCGAACCCCCGGCUAAACGUGUGACGGGUGUUGUGGCCAACGUUGACCAGACGUACGGCGAGAUUACCGCCCGUUUUGAGCGUAAUGUCAAAAAGACUGUCGAGUUUACCAAAGCGUUGACCGGGUUUAGGGACGUG